AUGUCAAAAUCAUCUGGAACUAUAUCUGCUGAGGAAAUGAAGCAACUGGAAAAUAAUGAAAAUCGUGUGAGUCAAGGUGUAGAACAAAUAUCUGGUGGGGAAAUUCAGGAACUAAAUGUUUUAUCGCCAGAGCAUGGAACAAAUAUGGAAGAAGAAAUUUCUGAACUAUACAAGGUGCGAAAUAUUUCUAUUAAUAAGUUAUCACAGUUGGCUAGUGAAGUGUAUUGUUUGCUAAUGGGUAAAUGUGUCAAUACUAGUUGGAGAAAUGCUGUAUUGAUAAUGGAUAAACAUACUAUUGUAUGGAAAGAAUUUGUUGGUGUGCAUGGACGUUUAAUUCAAGUGUUGAACAGUGAGAGUGAGAAAAGGAUGACUUGUACUGAAUACGGACAACAACAAAACAGGAAAUUAGAGUUGGAUGCCAAGUUAAAAGAGUGGCGUAAAUCAAAGGGAGCUGAACAUUUAGAUGAGAUAGAGAGCAAGAAAUCUCAUAAAUCAUCGAAGAGUGGAAGUAGUUGUGGAAGUAGUGCUA